GUAAUUGGUUGUUUUAAAGAGAUAUCUACUUAUUUGUAAGAUUCAUGAACUCUGCUUCCUUAAAGGAUAGAUAGACAAGGCACCCAGACCAGUUCAAGUUGUGGCCACCGUAUAUAGCAAAAAAGGUCAAAUGGCCCACUUCAACCGUACCCGCCGCAUGGAAGCAUGCCAACUCGCGCAACAGUAAGACAAUCGCCGUCGUAGACAGUCCAAAUGAUGCGCUGCGAAUAGAUUUUGGGCCCUCUUGAGCCUACCAACCAUUCGUCGACCUCCGUUUAAAUAUAAAGAACCUACAAACGGGGACCGCAAGAGGACGAAGGAAUUCUCGGAACGUGGUAUGGGACCGACGAUGGGGCGUUCCAAAUACGGGCCCGGGGGCUCAGGGUCGGAGCUUCGGAGCAAGUUCCAAAGCGGCGCCGACCGCAUCGGAUCGUGGGGGACGAAGGUCAUGGACGCAAACUUGCGGACGCGGUUGCAGUCCGCCAUGGCCGCAGUCCAGUCCCCGUCUGACUGACGGACAGUCCCGUCCCACGAUCACACCCAUGGAACCACCACAAGAUGGCGACCUUCAUGUACUUCUUCUUCCGUACUGUAACGAAUACCCCUUGACCCCUGUCUCAUCCAUACGCUCCUCCGCUAUAUUUAGCCUACACCUCAUUUCUGGGAAUCUUGUAAUCUCUGCAACCUUCAAGCAAGAAUUAAACUAUGAGUUUAAUUCUAGCCUUCCUUUGCAAAUACUGCUCUAUCUGAUCUCACCGGUGGAUUUUACUUAUUUCCAUCGGCGUGGAAAAUUGAGACUUGAACUUGAAUUGAGUUUUAUACUUAUAGAUAUUUAAUAGUUUUAGACUAUUAAGACUAUUAAGACUUGAACUAUUAAAUCAAGAGCUACCCAAAACAGGAUCGGAGUACCCAGUGACAGUGGGAUUAAAAAUAUAAAAUUAUAAGAGUUAUUAAUUUUUAACUAUCAAAUCGAGAGCUACCCAACAACAAGGAUCCAUCCUGGGUAGAAUAAUUAAAGCUAUAAAUAAAUGAAAAAUCUAGGAGGUUAAAAUGAUAUGCCCGCAAGGGGCCCCUGGCCAUGCAAGCCGACCGCGUAGAGAGGGCGCCGCAACUCAUCGUCGUGCAGGUGCUCGGCCCGGGCUUGCGGCGCGGAAGAGGCAGGGACACGGCAGAGUCGGAGGUAGUGAAUUGCCAGGAAGGAGGCGCAAAAGUGCAGUAAUCCGGACGCAAAGGAGACGGUCGUGAACGUUCGCGGCAGCUGCUGCAUUGCGGUGGACCGCCUUCGCCAUCGCCAUAGCUCCGUAUAAGGCCGGGCCAGGCACUGCCCUUCGUAUCGUCGUCCGCCCUCAAGCAGGUCUCUUCUGCAAUCCGAGCGCGAGAGAGUUCGAUCGAUCGGUGUUGGGAAUUUCAUUGGGACCGCAACAUUUGUUAGCGAUCUGAAAUUUGAUCGUGGGCGUGUGGAUUUGUCGAGCAAAAUGAAGCUCCCGAAGCUCUUCGGCGGCAAGAAGUCGCGCUCCUCGUCCUCGGCCGGAAGCUCGAGAUCGUCGUCAGCAUCGUCGACGCCCGCGAGGAACUCUGCGGAGAUUGCUCGUUCUUCUGAGAUUUCUGUCGAGCAUGGCAAGAACGUGCCUGCUGCUGCUGCUGCUCGCGUCGAGAACUCGGAGAUGAGGCCCGUCUCGCUUCCGUCGCCGGGCGGUGCAGCUCUGCGGCAUCUGGAGCAUCAAGAGCUGUCAGAUGCUUUCAAGCUCAUCGAUGUGAACCAGGACGGCAAAAUCUCGGCGUCUGAACUCGGCUCCGUGCUCUGCUCGCUGGGAUGUGCUUCUUCCGAGGAAGAGCUGAAACUCAUGUUGGACGCCGUGGACACGGAUGGCGAUGGGUUCAUCGACCUGCAGGAAUUCAUCCUCCACAACACGAAGGUGGACAGCGCCGGGUCUGCAGCACGCUCCAAGGAGUUGAAAGCUGCCUUCAACGUGUUCGACAUCGACAAGAACAACUUCAUCUCCGCCGAGGAACUUCAUCAAGUCUUGAAAGGCCUCGGAGAGAAAAGCUCCAUGGAGGACUGCUCUCGCAUGAUUCGUGGAGUCGAUUCUGAUGGCGACGGCCAGGUCAACUUCGAGGAAUUCGAAAGGAUGAUGAGAAGCACUUGCGUGUUCUGAUCGGCCUCCGGGGUGAUGAACGAAACACAUCACCGGCUUACAUUUUUCCUUCUGGACAAGAGCUCAAUUACACUUUCCUGUAUUAUAGUCCGACCAUUGUACCCACCCGCCGUUGGAAGUAGGAGGCCAGUCAAUUCACGCAGCAAACGUUUGAGCAGGUUCGCAAACCAUUAGAUGAUGGUGGCGGAACUACACAAUCACCGCUACGGAGUUCCUUAACUCCCUUUGGAAGUAUGAGAAGUAGUCGAUAUAUAAUGCGCACCUGAGUGAAUUCACGUACUUUCCGCUCCGAUCAUGUCACGGAGCAGUGAUAGUAGCUGAACUGCAGAUGAUCCAUGCAUAGCAGAUUGCCGCAGCGUUCAAGGGUAUGACAGAACAACACCCUUAGAUAAGGGGACUUACUGGGUAUCGCCGAUUUACAACUUUGAUACAACGCGGUCUCGAUUUGUCACCCUGAGUCGUCAGACGACGAUACCCAUCACUCUUCGAUUACGGUUGUCAUAUAUUAUGUGUAAAUUCAUCGACUCAUUUUUUGAAAUAAAGUAACUCACUCUGAACGGGGUCUUUCUGUAUGUCUUUCAUGUGUGGUGGCUGUCGCUGUAAAUCCAUCCUUGUGGUUGUGCGAGUAGGGCAUGCCAAAUUGCAUCGCCGCUGCAUUGCUUCUUACUUUACUAGAAAGCCGCAGCUCCAGCACUGUAUUCCGCCGUUCGUGCAGCUUGGAUAAGAACGGUGGAAAUGUGAUUAGCCUGUGCACAUUACUGGCUGUAUUGAACUGAUUUGAGCAGAUAGUAACUGUUCAUUAGAUCCAUUUUUGUUUCGUAUAAACUCGGACUUGAAGGCCGUCGAUCUGAUGCACUUCAUUGUCCCAUGGGUGGGUGCAUGCAAAUAAAUGAGACCUUUCAAAGCUUCGAGAUGCUGCGCUGGGAGACUGAUGAUGAUCAUAAGCUAGCAUCAGUCACCCACUCCUCGGAGAUGGUAUCGACGAAGGAUGGCGUGCUUGGUCAUCGUACAUAAUUGCCGAGUCCCUCAUGAUUAAUUCAUGCCCAAGAU